AUGAUCCAGAAGGAAGGCCCAGCAGGGUCUGCUCCCCAUCCUCAGCCUCGCACGUCCUUGUGGUGGGUGGGGGUCCAUAGGGAAGGGACCAAAGUCUCUUGUGUUUGGCCAGUGCCCUCCCUUAGACACUGACCAGAGCCUCCUGGCUGCAGGGGUCAGCUGGGUCAGGCUUCAGGAAUCGAUCAGACCUCCCCCACCCCCUCCCAGCCCUGAUUGGCUCUGGCUGAGCACAGCAAACACCAGGCUCCCUACAGGCUGCAGGUACCUUCCCCAGCCCCCAUCCUCAGCAGCCUCUGGCAGGCAGGUGACCCCUCUGUCCUCAGACCAAGCUGUGAGUGAGACAUCCAAGACACAAGAGCCCAGAACCAUGCAGGGCGUUGGGUAUGUGCUGCUGGUACUGACCGCCUGCCUGGCAGUGCAUGCCGGCCCCGUGCCCGCCGCACAGGAUGACAUUCAGGUGCAGGAGAACUUCGACCUCCUCCGGAUCUAUGGGAAGUGGUACAAUCUGGCCAUUGGCUCCACCUGCCCAUGGCUGAAGACUGUGAUAGACAAGAUGAGUGUGAGCACGCUGGUCUUGGGACAGGGACCCACGGACGCCGAGGUCAGCAUGACCAGCACUCGCUGGCGGAGAGGCAUCUGCAAGGAGACCUCGGCGACGUAUGAGAAGACAAACACAGAAGGGAAAUUCAUCUACCACAAACCCAAAUGGAACAUAACCAUGGAAUCCUAUGUGGUCCACACCAACUAUGAUGAGUACGCCAUUUUUCUGACCAAGAAGUUCAGCCACCACCAUGGAACCACCGUAACUGCCAAGCUGUAUGCGCGGGAGCCCCAGGUGCGGGAAAGCCUCCUGCAGGAGUUCAGGGAGAUGGCUCUGGGUGUGGGCAUCCCCCAGGACUCCAUCUUCACCAUGGCUGACAGAGGGGAAUGUGUCCCCGGGGAGCAGGCACCAGAGCCCACCUUACCCUCGAGAGCUCGACGGGCUGUGCUGCCCCAAGAAAAUGAAGGAUCAGGGGCUGGGCCACUAGUACCUGAGCUCACCCAGAAAGAAGAUUCCUGCCAGCUGGGCCACUCCGCAGGUCCCUGCCUGGGGCUGAUCCAGAGGUAUUUCUACAAUGGCACAUCCAUGGCCUGUGAGACCUUCUCAUACGGCGGCUGCUUGGGCAACGGCAAUAACUUCGUCUCUGAGAAGGAGUGUCUGCAGACCUGUCGAACCGUGGCGGCCUGCAAUCUCCCCAUAGUCCAAGGCCCCUGCCGAGGCUCCACCAACCUCUGGGCCUUCGAUGCUGUCCAGGGGAAGUGUGUCCUCUUCACCUAUGGGGGUUGCCAAGGCAACGGCAACAAGUUCUACUCUGAGAAGGAGUGCAAGGAGUACUGUGGCGUCCCUGGUGAUGGGGAUGAGGAGCUGCUGCGAUUGUCCAACUGAUGGCCAGCUGGCUGGCCUGUGAGGCAAAAGGGUGGCCAAUGUCUGUCCCAGUGCAAGCUGGGUCCAAAUAAAACCAGAUUGUCAAUACCUGUUUA